GCAGGAGUCAUAUUCUCACACAGAAAGAAACUAGAGCAAGCAGUUUUCAGUAAACAGCUAUGGAGGGCUUCAGCCAGAAGCAUGUCAUCGGAAUUCCUUUGGCUUCCUUUGCAUAUGCUGACGAGGAAACACAGGGAAAACUAUCCUGUUCUGCCUUGGUUCACAAGAAGGAUAAGAAGAAUUCCAUCAUUUAUCGGAUGAGCAGGCUAAGCCAGAAAACAGAAAGUUAUGUGCAGGGCUUCAAAGAACACAUAACUCUGGGAUCGAACCUUUCAGAAACUGUGAAAGGGAAAUUGAUCUUGGGUGCAAAGGUUCUCCAAGCUGGUAGCAUGGAAAAAGUCUUCAGGCAAUACUUUCCAGUCAAGAAAGAUGAGAAGCUAUUGAAGGCUUUCCAGUGUUAUCUUUCAACCACAGCUGGCCCAAUAGCUGGAAUGAUUUUCAUCUCAACCGAGAAGAUUGCCUUCCAUAGUGAUAGGCCUUUGGAUUUCACAUCGCCCAAAGGGCGCGUCACAAGGGUGCCCUACAAGGUCAUGAUCCCUACAAAGAGGAUAAAGAAUGCUGCAGUGAGGGGAAAUUUGUAUAAUCCUGAUGAGAAGUACAUUGAUGUAGUUACAGUUGACGGGUUCGAUUUUUGGUUUAUGGGUUUCAUCAGUUACACAAAAUCAUUCAAAUAUCUUCAGCAUGUAAUUUCCGAGUUGAGAUGACACACCUAGUUUGUAAUCCCAAACAUACUGUGUACCAUGUUGAAAUGCAUAUGUACAUUGGACAAAUAGAAUUUGAACAAUCAUACUGAGACGAAAAGCAUUUUUCUUGACAA